GUCAUGAAUGGACUAAUGGGGAUGGUUGAAUGCAAGAGAUGGAACAAGUAGAGGUAGAAGAGAUUAGAAGAUAAAGUGACAAGAGGAAACACAAGUAUUCUGAGAUGUUGCUAUGAGGAAAGGACUCAGAAAUGACUGAUGUAGAGCCUGUGGUCACAGAUUUUUCAUCUUCAGGAAGGACAGGUCGUCGGAAUGCUUUACCAGACAUCCGGGAGUCUUCUGAUAGUCCUGGAUCACCAUUAGAACUGCCUCAAAAGCUAGAAAACCUCAACUUGUCACAAAGUAAUGCUGAAAGUACUGUUGCUGAUGAUCCAGCAAACACUGAAGAAAAACAACCGGGCCAAAAUGAUGAGGACAAUAAAUCAGAGAUGAAAAAAGAAAGCUCAUAAACACUAGGGAGUGCUAGAUUUAUGUAUUCAAAGGGAUAUACUAAUGGCCUUAUGGGUCUGCUUUUCCUAAAUCCCACGAUUUGGUAGUACUAUAGUGACAACUGCAGGUCUGUGUAACAUCUCUGUGUUUGGAAAACUUUGAUGUGAAUCUACUUAGAUUUCUGCACCAAUUUCAACUGUAGACCAUUCAGAAAGCAAGUGCUCUUCAGUUUGCAACCAGGAAAAGAGGGGGAAGAAUUUGGGAUUUUAAUGACAUCUGUCAUCAGGUGUGCUGCCUGAGAUGAACCCAAUUAAUUGACUUUCAUGCUCUAAAAUAGUAAAAAAAAAAAAAAAAAAAAAAAAAAAAAAAAAAAGUGCUAAAACAACUAAUUUCUUUCUUUCUUUCUUUCGUUUUUUUUCAUUUAAUUCUUAUUGUAUCAAGAAAACAGUGAUUGAGCAUGGAGUGGGAAGGAAGACAGAUUAUUGGGAGCACUGUCUUUGGUGCCCAUCUCUGGAAACAGUAUCCAAACAUCAACAAUUUAGCACCCAAUAUCUUUUUCUAAUGGCAUGGCAUAGAGGCUGGAGAUCUUGCCCACCUUGGAGUUAGCAUAAUCUAGGCUCAAUUUUGCCUCUGACACAUACUAACUAUAGGAUCUUGGUAAAGUUAUUUAACCUCUCAGUACUACCAAGAAACUCUCUAAAAUUAUAGAUGAGUUUUCCAUCUGCAUUGGUAAAGGUAGUUUCCACAUCAGAAGUUCCUCUAUAUCAACAAAGCCAAAGGUUCAAAGUCUGUUCUCCCUUCUCCUCUCAGCUCAAAGAGAGAACUAUGUAAAAAUGAUGGGAUGAUAAAAGUAAAAAUUUAUGAUAAGGAAAAAAUUCCCCCAAAAUGUAUCAGAUUUUUUUUUUAACUGUGAAAAUGUUUUGAAAAGUUGUAAACAUUUCAAUAAUUUUCUAAUCUCUGAGGUCUCUCUUAAUCAUUUUCUGCUUAAUAUUAUUUGUGCAUGGUUUCUAGCUUGGUUUUUUUUUUUUUAAUGUAUCCCUUUAAAGUCAAAAUUUGUAUACAAUUUGACAAAUUAUUUAAUUGAAACAUGCAAAUUAAAAUCAAUACAUCUCCUUUGUUUAGUUCUGUAUUUUUUAUACUUCAUUGAUACCUCAGGAUAUAUCUGUCUGAUGUUCCUCUGGCCACAUUCAUAGGACUAUUUCCUCUUAAAUGUUUUCCCUAAAUUAAGAAUUAAGAUAAACUGACACCAUGAUAGUAAACAGGGUUUGGGUUGGAGCCAUUUAAUUGGAAUAUUCAAAUAUGGUAAAUAACAGAAAGUCUUAACACUAAAGUUAUUAAUGGGGCUGGAGAAGAAGUAUUAGCAUACUUUUCCACUUAAUUAUACGUUAAAAAAAUUAAAUUAAAUCACUAAAUCAAUUAAAAUCACUAAAUAUAAGUAUAAAUCUUGAAGUACAAAAGUGUUAUUUAUUAUGGAAACCAACUUCUAAUUCUCACUAUUCACUAAUAGUGACUUGUUUUCACUCCUUGCUUGAUCUAAUGCUAGUUUUGAUCUGGCCCAUUUUUGGUUCCCAGAUUUGAGUAGGAUGUAUAUUUUUCUUUUAACAUUUCCUUAAUAAAAAACAUUAUAAUCAAUUAGAAAUAAAUUUACUUUGAAUAAAAAGCUCUUCUAGUUUGAAUUCAUGACCAUGAUGCUUUCGGUCUUCAGUUUACCAUUAUAAGACUUAGUUUGUUUUCUCUCUGGUGAAGGAUAUUUACUUGCUUUCAACAUUAAGAGGUUACUUUUGCAUACUCUCCAUUUUCCCUGUUCCAUUUAGUGCAAAGGAGAACCUGCCAAGGCUAACGAGAAAGGUAAUAAUUCCUCUCAGUGAAUUAUUCAUAAUUUUUCCUACCUUUGCAAACAGGACUGUUCAAAGAAAGUAGUUCUACAGAGGCAUGAUGGUAUGUUACUAUGUGAAAAGCUGUGAUUGGUUCUUCUCCAAUCAGAUGUUUCAUCCUUUGAAUUAAUUUUUAUAUAUGUACAUACAUACACAAAAAUGUGUGUGUGUAUAUAUGUAUAUAUGUGAUUAUGCAGAAACUUCAUUUCUAUAUCUCCUCCAAGACAAUGCAAGUUUACACCAGAACAUAAUCUCUAAGUAGAUUUAAAAUAUAUAUAUAUAUAUAGUUUCUCCACAGUGUUGCCAUCUGUCUAUUUGUGUUAUUCACAUUGGAAGUUUUCAGAUAAAAUAAGAAAAUAUGUAUUGUUUAGUUUAUUUCACUGCUACUCAACUGGUGUUUGUUUUUGGUUAAUCUGCGUUAAGGCUAUACAUAUAACUACACACAAAGUGCUUCCAGAAGUCUUUUUUCUAUUCAAACAAUUAUAUAAUAACAACUCAACUUCCUCCUAACCCACAGAUGUGAAAGGCUAUGUGGUUUUAUAAUGCCAUUGACAAAAGCAGCUGAGUUUCUCCAUUCUGAAAGUGUUUAGACAAAUUUAAAGUAUGAAAGUUAAGUAGAAUUUCUUUGGAAUUAUGGGCUACAUUCAUGAAGUUCCAUCACACAUUCUAGGUAUCUUUUUCUGCAUGUCCUUCUCCUUUGGGUGAUUAUUUGCAUAAAUGUCUCUGUUGGGUAAAGAGCCUGAUCGUCAUUACCACAAAUUUCCCAGUCUCCCAUGUUCAGAGUUUUGGGACUCAUUUUGGGACUGUUCCCCCUCCUUUGCCUCUUAUAUCCAAUAAAUUGUGAAUUACUUCUCCA